UUGAAACUAGGGCUGCAAGACUUGGGAUAAUAUCGAUAGAUCGCCUUUCAAAUCAGCUGGAGUUUUUGUCGUCGUGAGCAAACAAAAUUUAACAAAUCGUAAGUGCCGCUACUAAGGGCUUCAAGCUACAGGCUUUCCACAUCCUUUGCCAUUUAAAUUUCCAUGUCUGUCUCCUUGCAAGCUAUCAAAAUGAAUAAAACGAACGAUCAGGUGUCACAGACCGAGAGUCAGACGACCAAGGCCAAGCCAAAGAAACUGAGGCAACGUAAUCGACCCCGAAACAAACGAAAUCGCUUGGAAGAUAGCACUGCGACUACAACAGAAUCCUCGACUACCGAUUCCGCGCCCACUGAGAGUGCAAUGCCAGGAGACAGCAGCCAGCAUGGUGCAACGCGUGAGCAGGUCAUGGCAGAGCGCGAGGCCAAGAAGCAAGCCAAGCAGGCCAAGAAACAAACAUCUACACCACCAGCGACAAAAAUCAUCACCGAAGUGGAGCAGACGACCAUAACCACCAAGCUGACAACGACGACAACAACCACUGCCAGGGACAAGCCAGAACCGUCCGCAGGAACUGCAGCGAUAGCUGCCCCAAUUGCCGCGGUCACUUUCACUGCGGCGGCAGGAACGGAAACUGGUGACAAGACUCGCGACCAGAUCAAGGCUGAGCGAGAGGCCAAGAAGGCGGCCAAGCAGGCUGCCAAGGUAGCCAAAUCAAGUGGAGCGAAGGUCGAAGCCCCCGUGCAGCAGCUGGCCAAUUUAAAGGUGACAGAGAAGAUUCCAGCACCAACCGUAGCUCCAGCCCCUGCAGUGGUGGAGGAAAAGAAGAAACCCGCUCUCAGCAAAGCCGAUCGGCGGGCCUUACAGGAAGCUCAACGGGCAGCCAAGGCGCAAGGACAAGGACAAGUGAAGAAAGCGCAGCCAGCGGCCAAGGCUCCGGCUUCGGCUACUGCUAAGACAAAGGCUGCGGCCACGCACACGACACCCAAGGAACUGAAACGGGAAAGCGUCUCCCCAGUCAAGUCAGCGACGGCUGCUUCACCCAGCAAAAAUACGUCAAGCACCGCCAAGUCAGAGUGCAAAGUAAAGCUCUUCAAUCACUUGGUUUGUGCAGAGAAGGGGGCCAGCCUGUUCAUCAACGAUCCGCUGGUGCAUCCGAGCAUGGCGCGGCUGGGCGUGCAGUACGCUCAACGCACAGUGGUCGGCUCCAAUGCGCGCUGCAUUGCCUUCCUGCAUGCCCUGCGGCAGGUGGUGCAGGACUUCGAGACGCCAGCCAAGAAGGAGUUUGGCCGCAGCUUGGAUGCUGCGGUGCAGCACCACGUGGAUCAUCUGCACAAGUGUCGCCCGCUGGCCGUCUCCGUGUCCAAUGCCUACAAACAGUUUAGGAAUCAGGUCACACAACUGCCGGCCGAUGUGCCAGAGGCGGAGAUGAAGGAAAUAAUCGUCCACUUCAUCGACACCUACAUAGAGAACCAGAUUGGCAAGGCGGCCCAGGCCAUUAGCAGCUCUCUGCAGGAGAAGAUCACCGAUGGCGAUGUGCUGCUCACCUUUGGCUGCUCCUCGCUGAUACAGUUCAUCUGCGAGGAGGCCAAGCGGCGACAGGUCGCCUUUCGUGUCAUUGUCGUCGAUUCGCGUCCCACCUGUGAGGGCCAGGAGAUGCUGCGUCGGCUGCAUGCCCACGGUAUACCCUGCACCUAUGUGCUGAUCAAUGCCGUGGGCUAUGUGAUGACCGAGGCCACCAAGGUGCUGUUGGGUGCCCAUGCCCUGCUCGCCAACGGCUAUGUGAUGGCGCGCACAGGCACCGCCCAGGUGGCCCUCGUGGCCAACAGCCACAACGUUCCCGUUCUGGUCUGCUGCGAGACGCACAAGUUCAGCGAACGAUUCCAGACGGAUGCCAUUGUCUACAACGAGCUGAGCGAUCCUAAUGAGCUGGUGCGCGACGACAAGUGCUGCCUCAAGAACUGGCCAGCCAAGGGCCACCUCACGCCCCUCAAUCUGAACUACGAUAUUACGCCACCCGAGCUGGUCAGCGCCGUCGUCACCGAGGUGGCCAUCCUGCCCUGCACCAGUGUGCCCGUCAUUCUGCGCAUCAAACCAGACAUCGGCUACUAAUCGUCGGAUCAGACAAAACUCCGCUGCUGUUGAAUAAAUAUUAUUUUUUAUUAUUACAUUUUGAUCAAAUCGAUAAACAAUUUUGAAUAGUA